CAAAUAUCAGAUUAACAUCCAUUGUGUUAUGAUUAUUAUUUUAUAAACUUAACCACAACAAAAUUUGACUAAAGUCUUGUAUUUUUUCCCCUCUAAUAAUCGAAACUUUGUGUAAAGGUUUCCUCCUUCAUCAAGUGUCAAAAAUAUGACUUAAUCAAAAAAAUAUUUUCAUGGGUAUGUACAAACAUCUUAAAAAAUACUGUUUUGUAUGAUUAUCUCAGCAAUAAUGUCAAUUCUCAUAACGUUAAGACUUGAUUCUUAUAAAUGAUCAAUUUAUCUAUUCUAGAACAUAAAGCUUCCCUUUUUCAAUAAUGUAUGACCUCAUUAUUAUAGUAUUACAUUUUAAUCUUAAUAGUGUACAAUUAUUUUGGUAAUUUUUUAAAAUUAAAAAAUGUACAACUCAAUUCUCCGAAUAUGAUGGCUUUAAUGUCCAUUUUGCGUAUUAACUCAUUGGCUGCCAUUUACAGCGAGUUGGCGACAGUCGUCCAAUCCAUUAGAAAUUGGAGGGAUGGCAGCGAUCAUUUGCGACCAACUCUGUCCGUUUUAAAUGGAAUGGACGAUUAUCACCAUCAGUGGCAGCGAGAGACAUUGAAAAAAAGUAAAAACAUGCAUGAUUCGCAUGUUAUUUGUAGUUUUCUCUUUGGAGGCGGGGCUGCGACUACUGAAAAGCUGCUUUUUCGACUCUGAGGCUGUGUGCAGUUUUUGGCGUCCUCUGGUGGCGACCGGCAGCACGGCACAUUGGAGGAGACGUCAGGACACGUUCCUGCUCAUCUCGGACGACCCCGUAAAGAAAGCGACCCCCCACGGACACUAUCCUCACCACCCCCUUCUCCCGUCUCGUGCGUCCGUAGACCCGGGUGGGUCUAAUGACGUUAUCUGGGUGCUGUCUACUACCUGAUGAAGCAUCACACGUGCAUGUAAACAUCAAUACCAACAGCCAAAACAUAUCCUGAAAAACAAUUACAACCUUGGAUUCAUGGAGUCUCUCGAAACCGCUGCAGGCUCUUGGGAAGGUCAGGAAAGGGAUGCUGCACUGAAAAAAUGCUCACCUGAAGUGGGCAUGAUAGGUAUGAAUCCAUCGGUGGAAAUGGAGGGUAAAGAGAGGCACCAUCAGCACCUGCAGGAGGGUCUAACCAGAGACACAUGCGAUUCUAAAAAAGUGCAUGAUUCAGGGAAGCCACUGACUAUCGAGGAUUCCGGUUCCCUGAUUCAAGAUGCCGAAGUGUCGUCGUUUUCACAGCAAACCGCUAAAGUGGUGGGCAAACAAAGGAAAUCGCACGGUUCACCUGAACAACAGAGUUGCUCUUCAGGGAUGGAGCUGCAAUCAGACGCCGUUGCUAAGGCUGACCCAAAACCACAGAAGCCUGGCAAGUAUGUUUGCAAUUACUGUGGAAGGGCAUGUGCCAAACCUAGCGUGCUUAAGAAACACAUCCGCUCGCACACUGGGGAGCGGCCCUACCCUUGCAUCCCUUGCGGGUUCUCCUUCAAAACCAAGAGCAAUUUGUACAAACACCGAAAGUCCCACGCUCACUCCGUUAAAGCUGGAACGUCGCCGUUCCCUCACGUCAGCAUGGACCAGGGGUCUUUCGAAGGUGAAGGGGAACUGUUCUCUGAUGCAGAGCAGAGCACAGACACGGACGAGGACACCUUUAGUGACCCAUUGCUGCUGCUGGACUCCCCAGCGGAGGUGUCUGAUCACACCGCCGUCAAAGUGCUCAACCUCAUUUCUCACAAAAAGGCAUUCGCGUCAGCUCAGGACGGCUUAUCCCAGCCCCCAGAAAUCAACACUGCUGAGGCUAACCGUGCAAUUCAAUCUUGCGCAAUUAAACAAAGGCUGGCGCUUCGGCUGUCAGAAAAAAGGAGCGGCGACUCGGAACACAAUCUCUCCCUCCCGAGUCAGUCCAGUAAAGGCAGUACGGAUUCUGGCUAUUUUUCCCGAUCUGAAAGUGCCGAGCAUCAGACCAGUCCCCCGAACGCUAAUGCCAAAUCCUACCAGGAAAUAAUGUUCGGGAAAUGUUAUAGGCCCAGCCCCAAGCAGACCACAGAAUCCCUGGCUUGCAGGGCAGAUUCUGAUGAUACUGUAAGAUGCCCAGAGAAAGGAGUCUCUCGCGUUUUCACCCAGGAAAAGGACACUGUCGAGUCAAUCAGAAUAAAUACAAAAUCCUUGGUGAGAGAAGAGGUGAAAGAAGGGCAGUUUGAAGGUGCUUCUGACAUGAGUACCCUCCUAAGGAGCAACAGCAUGCCCACCUCCUCGGCGGUCAGCCUGACCAUGCCCCAGGCCCUCCGGGGCAGCCACUCUUUCGAUGAGAGAACUAGCAACGCUGGCAUGAGGAGACUCCGGCGGCAAGCCGCUUUCGAGCUGCCAUCCCACGAGGGCCACGUGGACAGCGACGGCCACUCUAAGACGAGCGAGCUGUCACCUACGGGACCAGAAAUGGACAAUUACCCACCAAGCGUGAAUCUGCAGAGGCAUGCCAUGGAGCUGGCCACACGGAAGCGGCGGAAAGAAAAACGGGAAGAGGAGGAUUUGCCGUCACAGUACGAGGUGCAUCACGAGCACUGCGAAGAAAUGUUUGACUCUGGUAAGGAUUACGAGCCAAAGCCAGUGGGUGUUGUGAAAGGACGUUUGAGUAGUGACAUGGACAUAUCAGUCAGCCCUGAAAUGUGCGUCCGAAAAACAUUGGGAAAUGUCAUUUCCGUUAUCCAGCAUACAAAUUUCAUCAACAGGCCUCACGCUGACCAGUCCGAUUCCUACAAAAGUCUCAGGCAGAGGCAGGAGGCCUUUUCUUCCGUUCGGCCCAUGGAGGAGUCGUUUGAAAUGGAAAGUGGUGAUGGCGCGCUGAGGCAGUCCUUUCAGUUGGGUGCCAAACUGGUGCGGCAGCCCAACAUUCAAGUACCGGAGAUCAGGGUCACCGUGGAGCCCGACAGUCCAGAAAAAGCUCCGGACAUGCCGGUGAAGGAGCCGGAGAAGCACGUGGAAGAGUUUCAGUGGCCACAGCGCAGUGAAACCUUAGCCCAGUUUCCCCCCGAAAAACUCCCCCCAAAGAAGAAAAGGCUGCGCCUGGCCGACAUUGAGCACUCGUCCGGGGAAUCCAGUUUCGAGUCGGCCUGUACCAGCCUCUCGCGCAGCCCAAGUCAGGACAGCAACUUAUCUUACAGCUCUGCCUUCUCCUUUGACAGGGAGGAGAGCCUGAAGCCAGUUUCCCCUGCCAGGCAGGACGAAUUUGGCAAGCCUCUGGAGCUUUUAGCCGUGCCGGGAAGCGGCCACUCGCUUUCCGUUCUCCAUCAACGUCAGCAACAUGAAAUGCGACGCUCCUCUUCAGAGCAGGCACCUUGCAACUUGCGCAAGGAGUUCCCAGAAGUACGCAGCGUAUCUUUUGACUAUGGAAGUCUCUCACCCACAUCCAAAGUUAGGCCUGGGGACCUGGCCAAUGAGAGACGGCGAGGGAACUUAGUGCGCCAGGAGCCACUAAGCAUGGACACUGAGGCCUCGCAUAUGCAAAUGUUUUGUGGGAGCGCAACUAUGUUUUCAAACGGGAACAAUCUCCCUCAGCCGCCUCAUCCCGGCUUGUUGAUCCCCGUAAGAAUCCAGACUCACAUGCCGAGCUACAGCAGCCUCACGUACACGUCUGUGUCCCAGAUCUUUGACAGUCACUACGACAGAGUUAGCCCCGUGUUAGCUGCCUCUCAGACCCGACCUGCCACGCACACGCUUUCCUUCGAAGCUCUGGAUCUUUCCUCCGCUAAACUCAAGACAGGCAUCCCCCUCUCUCUCACUUCCCGGACCAUCUCUACCACCAACGCCUCCAGCGGCGGCGCCAACAAACGCAUGCUCUCCCCCGCCAGCAGCCUUGACCUCUUCAUGGAGGUCAAGCAGCAGAAGCGCGUGAAGGAGGAAAGGAUGUUCGGGCAAAUUGUAGAGGAGCUGAGUGCGGUGGAGCUGGGCAAGUGCCACUUGGAGGAUGAUUCACACAGAAGCAAGUUUAUCACGCUUCGAAAAGUUACUGGUGACCAGGAGUCCGCCAUGGAAAGUAGCUCUUCGGAUACCUGCUCGCCUCCGUAUACGAACGAUGCCGGCUCGGACAAACGAGUGCAGCUGCAGCCCCCAUCUCCCUUUCCGAGUCUUCGUACGGCGACUGGUGUGAGCUGGUGCUAUCUCAGCUACACCAAGCCGAGUUGCUCCCAUGAUGGCGAAGGGGGCAGCGGUACUCCUUUCUCCUCCGUCUAUGCCACGUGGCAUGUAAGCUCCCGCAAUCCCAAUCCAUCGGAGCUGAGCACCGGUGCCGCUCUGGCCCUGCUGCACUCCAGGCAGAAGGGUGGCAAGUUGAUCUACUCAAUGGCUGCCAUGUGUCAGCCCGGCAACGGGAAGCUGGUUUCGUCCCUGGUCCUGUGGCGGCAGACAUUUGAACAGCUCCAGAGGAAACCGGAGCCCAAAGAGGCAGACGUCAACCUGGGCAAGAAGGUAAAAGACACCAGCUUCAGACUGAAGGCUGCCAAGGAGGAGUGGAAGGAGAGGGAAGCGUCAAAUACCCAAACAGUACCGACGCGCAUCAAGAUUUUUGAAGGCGGGUACAAAUCCAAUGAGGACUACGUCUACGUUCGUGGCCGCGGCCGGGGGAAAUACAUUUGCGAGGAAUGCGGCAUCCGCUGCAAGAAGCCCAGCAUGCUUAAGAAACACAUCCGAACCCAUACGGAUGUGAGGCCCUAUAUCUGCAAGGUCUGCAACUUCGCAUUCAAAACCAAAGGAAACCUGACCAAACACAUGAAGUCAAAGGCGCACAUGAAGAAGUGUCUGGAGCUCGGUGUGUCAGUUUCAAUGGAUGAGACGGAGAUACAAGAACAUGUAGACGAGGCGCCGCAAGAAUCUAAGGCAGAGGUGGCGAUGACGGCCAAACAUCAGUUCUCUGACGCCGAAUACUCGGACGGCAUGGAUGAAGAUGCAGAUGAUGUGGACGAGGACGAGGAGGAGGAAGACGAAUACGAGGGUGACUCCACGCCCAAGCUGCGUUCUAGGAGCACCAGCCCACAGCCGGGCGUCGUCGUCACAUCCCUGCCAGUCACCGUCACCGCCUCCGGCAGGUGGUCAGGCUCAGACCAGAGAGAGGACGACUCGCUAGGUGUUUUGUCACCGGAUCAGGCCGGCUUCCUCUUCGACCCUUAUUCUUCAUGUCUCCUUUCACCUGGCUGGGAGUCCCCAAUCAGGGAACCGUCUCCCUCCCGUCUUCGGUACCCGUCCCCAAGGCGGGAGCUCUCACCGCGUGGUCGCUGUUCCCCCAGAUGGGACACCUCCCCGCUGAGGCCCAGCUCUCCCGGAUUCUCGCCCGUUCAGCAUCUCUCUCCUCCUGUGGUGCCGGAGCGCUCCGCUUCCCCCGGGGGGGUGGAGAUGGCAGGGAAGCGGGAGUCGGCGAUGCGGGGCAGGCAACGAGUUGUACUUAGGGCCGUGUCGCCGCGGCGAGGCGGUUGCCAUCAGCAGCGAGGCGGCGCCGACAAGAGCAGACAGCACUCCAAGAUGGACGUCGCCCAGCAACAAGGGGCCGUUGAGAUGGAACUGGAGCAGAGGAACAUCACCGUUGCUGGCGGGGGUCCCCACCAGAACCUUCUAAGCCACCUGCCUCUCCACUCUCAGCAGCAGGCCUUCAGCUUGCUUCCCGUCCUCCCUGUUGGAGGAACCCCGCAGGCGCCGCCGCCCUCCCCCGCCUCCUCUGACAAUCCACCGAGCCCAUCCGGCAAAGAGGGGGCGUCCCACAGGGACGGCGGGAGUCUAGAAUCUGGCGUCAGAGACGGCGGACAGGAAGAGAACGUCCAAACGUGCUUGAAAGCCAUCGCCUCGCUUAAGAUCAACACCGAGGACCCCCAUUAAAGACCUUGGGCCGUCACCCACUUGUUUGGCAAUAUGACGACAAAGCUUCUUUGGACUGCCUAAACACGGAGGAACCUUCGUUUGAAAAGAGCCCCCCCAAUCGGGGAGGCGAUAUGACAACAAUUUCUUGGUUUUGGACUGGACGAGAAAAUCUAUUAUUAUCAUCAUUGGGUGCAGGUGCAAUAUGAAGAAGAGAUAUUCUGUAUUACGCUAAUAUGCCUUUUGUUUGACAUAGCAGUUUGCAUACGAUUGCACAUAAAUUAUAUUUAUAGAUUACUGUACAAAACCCCCUGCCCUUUGACCUAUUACACUCCCUCCUUCUUAGAUGCGAUGUAUUUUAACGUACGUGUAUUUUGCGUAUAGACUGUUGUUUCAUGUACUCAUAUCGAGGUGUGAUGCAGUAGUGCGGUAAUUAUUUAUAUUUAAAAUAAAAAGGCCGGAGGCGCGUAUGACGAGACGGUCUAAAUGUUGCGGGAAGAGGGUCUGUGCCUUUAUUUUGCUUUGUUUUAAAAGGUUCGAGGAAGAGCUUGGCGAAUUUAACUUGUUGGCUGCUACUGACAGUGAUAGAUGAACCAGAGUUACUUUAAAAAUGAAAUUGUUUUCUAAACCACACAAUAACUUUGAUAAAUUACCACUUACAACACUGAAACUAAUGGAUUUGCCAUUGAGGGAGAUAGACGUCAAAUCUAUAUUGACCAAGUCAUAUGGAUUGGGCGCCUAUUUAGUGACAAACAAAUUUAAAUUCAAUUUCUGAUUUGGAAGUCUAUCAUCAUCAACGGCAUUGAAAGAGUUGAAAAAAAAAAAAAAAACUCCAACAAGAAACAAGAUUUUUUUUUCCUAAUGUCUUUUUAACUUGCAUGAGAUUUGCUAUUGCACAAAAACUACAGGAAGUCAACAUGUAAUUACUGUAAGAUGUAUUUAUAUAUUAGGACGUAAGCACUUAUUGAUACUGGUAAAUAUUUGACUACUAUUUAUAUAUGGUAUAUAUAUAUAAAAAUAUAAUAUAUAUGUACUUAUUAUGCAGCAAGUUAUGCAGUGAGCCACCAAGCUGGUGUUGCUUUUGAUAUAUUUUUGCUCUCUUUCCUCUCCUGUACUGACCAUCAGAAUAAGUACUCGCCGUGUUCCCACAAUGCACUUUGUCGAAGCGGGAAACGUAUUGUUUUUUGGGCGCUUUUUCAAACAUUCCAUUUCUUUUUGAUACAAUGCCGUAAAAGAGAAACGCGCACACAAAACCUGCCGCAGGUAAUGUUUAGGGAUGGGCAUGACGUGAGAAUUCUGUCAAAAUGUGACAUCGAUUAAUCGCGAAACUGCAAUUAAUCGUUAUUGAGAUGUGCAAUCAUUGGCCAGCCCUGUUAUGUCAUAUAUACUGUACUGUAUACAACACAGGCCAAUAUAUAUAUAUAUAUUUUAAUCUGUUCUAUGAGUUGUUUUUGUUUGUUUUAACUGAUUCUCUACAAUUGUUGCCUGGUUUUUCCCCCCAUAUGUUUCAGUUUUCCUGCAAUUGGCAUUUUGAUAUUUGUAUUUUAUACAGAUUCUUCAUACAUUUUCAACCAAUUCUAGUUUAAUUUUUCAGUCCGUUUCAUAGUUACGUACAUUUUUAGUUGACAGAUUUUCACAUAUUUGAGCACUUUUGCAGCAGUCCCUAUACAUACAUAUAUUUCUUUAUAUAUACAGUGGGGCAAAUAAGUAUUUAGUCAACCACCAAUUGUGCAAGUUCAGUGCCAGCUAUAAACCCCCUUUGUUCAGAAUAUCACACACAAAAAUUAUAACCUUGAUUUGCCCAAAAAUAAAGCUUAGAGGAAAAAAAAAAAUUUGGAAUCCACACACCCAAAUUAUGGAUGAACAGGUGUUUGCAUCAAUGCAACAAUUUUAUUUUACCAGUGUUAUUUAUGUAACUAUUUAUUUAUAUUUAAUAUAAAGUGAAGAAAAUAAGUAUUUGAAUACCCAGCUAUUUUGCAAGUUCUCCCACAAAUCAUGGAGGGGUCUGAAAUUUUAAUCGUUGGAGCAUGUCAACUGUGCGAGAUAUAAUCUAAAGAAAAACCCAGAAAUCACAACGAAUGUUUUUUUAAACAAAUUAUUUGUGUGAUACAUCUGCAAAUAAGUAUGAGAAAAUGAAUGUUAAUAUUUGGUACAGUAGCCUUUGUUUGCAAUUACAGAAGUCAAACGUUUCCCAUAGUUUUUUUUUUUUUUUUUUUACCAGGAUUGCACACACUGCAUGUGGGAUUUUAACCCACUCACCAGUCAGGUUUCUGGGUUGUCGCUGAGAAACACGGAGUUUGAGUUCCCUUCAAAGGUUUUCUAUUGGGUUUUGGUCUGGAGACCGGCUAUUCCAUGCUAGAACCUUGUUAUGCUUAUGUUAUGCAAUCUUCAAUGCUCUGACUGAAGGAAGGAGGUUGUUCCCUGAAAUCUUGUCCUGUCUCGUCCUCUCCCAUGCGCAGAAAAAAAAAAAAAAAAAAUCAUGAUGCUACCACCCCCAUGUUUCACAGUAGGGAUGGUGUUCUUGAGGUUGUACUCAUCAUUCUUCUUCCUCCAAACACAGUGGAAUUAUGACCAAAAAGUUAUAUUUUACUCUUGUCUGACCAAAAAACCUGCUCCCAUGACUCCUCUGCAUCAUCCAAAUGGCCAUAGGAAAAUUUUAAGAGGGGCCUUGGCAUUUGUAGGUUAAAGCAUGGGAACCUUUCUUGCCAUGCAUGAUUUCAAACCAUGACGUCUAGUGUAUUACCAACAGUAACCUUGGAAACGGUGGUCCCAGCUCUUUUCAGGUCAUUGAUCAACUCCUUUCGUGUAGUUCUGGGCCGAUUCCUCACCUCUCUUAGGAUCAUUGAGACCCCACGAGGUGAUAUCUUACAUGGAGCUCCACUCCGAAUGAGACUGAACGUCAUGUUUAGCUUCUUCCAUUUUCUAAAGAUUGUUCCAACAGUGGACAACAGUGCUUGGCAAUUACUCCGUAGCCCUUUCCAGCCUUGUAGAGGUGAACAACUUUGUCUGUGGUGUCUUUGGACAGCUCUUUGGUUUUGACGAUGUUACAAGUUUGAGUCUUACUAAUUGUACGGGGUGGACAGGUGUCUUUAUGCUGCCAUCAACCUCAAACAAGUGCAUCUGAUUUAGGGUAAAACAUGGAGUGGAAACGGACUUUUAAUAGACGGACUAACAGGUCUUUCAGGGUCAGAAUUCUUGAUGACAGACAAGUGUUCAAAUACUUAUUUGCAGCUGUACCACACAAAUAAAUUGUUAAAAAAAUAAUGCAAUGUGAUUUCUGGAUUUUUUUCUUUUUAGAUUAUCUGUCUCACAUGGACAUGCACCAACGAUGAAAAUUUCAGACUCGUCCAUGAUUUUUAAGCGACAGAACUUGCAAAAUAGCAGGGUUUCCGAAUACAGUCCUUAUUUUCUUCACUGUAUUUACCUGUUUGUGUGUUGCCUAACCAUUACGAAUAUACAUUUUUUUUCACAUUAUCAUGCAUUCGACUAAAUGUUAAUUCCUGUUGUAAUGUUAAAAGAAAUGAAAUUUGAAAAUGAAAAAAAAAAUCAUACAUUUAUUUGCAUUUGAUACUAUCCAUAUCCAUCCACCAUUUUAUACUGUGCUUUGUUUAUUUCUUACAUUUAUAUUCCUUCACAUUAGUUAUGUAUCUAUGUUUUGUUAUAUCAAUUUAGAUGGCAUAUCAAAAUUUAUAUAUAUUUAAAAAGUCAAAUGCCCAUCCCUACUCGCAUUGCACGUGCGCUGGUUGCCGAUAUUUACUGGAAAAUGUAAGCGAUGGUUCACCAAACGCUUCUCUGUACAUACAUUUCGUGUUUGAUUUCAGUGUCGGAACUCUGAAAACUUUUAACGUGGAUUACUUGCAUCAACGCUAAACGACGGCAACGCGGUGGAGUUUUUUAUUGGAGCGUUGCCGCGUUUGCGUAGGAAGGGAUAGAUAAAUGCCGUUCAUGUUUACAUAAAUCAUAUUUAAGAGGUGCACUGCUUUAACGACGCGUCUUGCAGAUUUUGAUCACUUUUUCGUCAAAGCGGGUGUAAAGGGAAAAGCUAUGUACCCGGAUUGUGUUUGUGUUUGUUUUUUAUUCUGUAUUCAUGAAUAUAUAUACAUAUAGACAUCGUAUAUAUACUGAAGUGCAUUGUGCCUCUCAUAUGUGUAAGAGGACACAUCAUUUACCUCUCAGAUGAGAUUUAUUGAGGGCAAAAAGCCUCAGUAGCCAAUCCAUCCUUUGACUAGUUUGCGUUAAAUUUGCACGGUCGGGAUGGAGUGCCUCUUUGAUGCUUUUGAAGUUCUAUUAUUAUCAUUUGGUGCUCACAUUCAAUUCAAAAUUGUUUUAAGAGAAUAUACUUCUAACCCAGGAAUGUGUGCGUGUGGCAAUUUAUUUCACACUUUGUUCCAAAUUGGCACUGGAAACUAAAAAAAGCUUUCAAAAAUAGUGGUGCAGUUCAAAGAAAAACUACGUUGGAAUGACCUAGAUUUCUGCAGAGACUGGCGGUAGAAUGUGAAAAAUUGGACAUUUUAGGAGCAAGUAAUGCAGAAAUAAUAGAGGGUUCAUGUACUUUUUUAACAAUAGACAAAAAUGGUUGCCCUAAAGGCAUACUACUUUAUGUUUCCAUGUUUUUACUGAACACAAGUACAAAUCACAAUGCAGGGUGGCACAAGUAUGUGAACUUAACUCUUUACAGGGCAAAAAAAAUGAGCUUGAACCCACAAAUUCACAUUGGGGGACUACAUAUUUUGGGUUGAGUAGGGCGCAUAUCAAUAUUUGGUGUCAAGUAUUUUUGUUUUUCUCAUUGCCUGUCAUUAACAACAGUAGAUAUCCAGUUGAUUUACACAAGGAAGACUAGCUGUGAAUGCUCAAGUUUCAUUGCCCGUGACGGCACUAAAUGCCACUGCCACCUAGUAGUUAAACGAGUGCCCUAAAAAGGGUUAAUGAACAAUUUUGUAAAGAUGAAUGGUCAGAAUUUUCUUCUAAAAUAAGCUCAAUCAGCUGCUAAAUGCAGGGGUUCACAUACUUUCCCCCUUGUCCUGUGAAUAUUGACCUGUUAUUUUCAAUAAAAAUAUGAAAACAUAUUGUGAGAUUUUGGAAAACAGUUCUCUGUGUGUGUUGUCUUUGUGAUUUAGAUGAUCAGACAAAAAUGUUAUGAUCAAAUUAUGCAAAAAUCUAACAAAUUAACUGCUGCCAUUGACCGGUUUAAAUGAAUUGGAAAUCUAUUGCCGUCAACGGCUGGCAAGAAGUUAAGAGCCCAGGUUUUAAGUGAAGUAUUUACAGAAGAUGUGUUGUGGUUGUUAUUGAAAGAAGAAAAAUUAUAUUUGCGACACCUAUUAACUCUAGUGGCUAGCUACCAGUGACAGCGAUAGAUGUCAAAUUGAUUUGAACUGGAAGGGACGUCAGUGAUUGAUCAUGUUUCAAUGCCACUGCUGGCCCUUUCUAGUCAAGAGUGGUUGGACGUCUAUUGCACUGUAAAAGAAAACAAUAAAUAUUGGCAGAACUUGAAAUUUAAGUCCCACACACCAAAAUGUUAGUGGUUAAAACUCAAUAUCUUUAGUAAAUUGGACGCCUGUGGUUGCAACUCGAAAUUUUAACUUUAAUAAUAAUAACACAUUUUAUUUGAAGGCGCCUUUCUGGCACUCAAGGUCACCGUACAAUCAUUUAAAACAUUUCUGACACUCAAGGUCACUGUAAAACCAUUUAAAACAUUCAGACAUAUUAAAAGUGAGAAAAUUAAAGUAUAGAACGUUUAAGGCAUUUUUUAAAAUACUAAAGGAGAUAUGAGGGCAUUAAAAAAAGGAAAAACAGACCAGAAAUUAGCGAUUAUUAUGGAUAGGCAAGUCUAAACAGGUGAGUUUUGAGUUUGGAUUGAAAA